AUUCUUAGUUGUUUUGAACAAUAUCUCACCUAAAGCAAAGACUAAUAAUAUCUCAAACAUAUCAUACACUAUAAUACAUUUUAAUUUUUUCAUGCGACUUGUAAGUCGAUCACUUUGACAUCCCUUCUGAGUAUUAGUGAUUUUGAACAUUACCCUACUUACAAUUCCUCCUCCCAAUGCACACAAAAAAUAAGACUCCCAACCCAAAACCAUAUAAAACCCAAUACCACCAAGACAAUUCACACCAAAAACAGAGCAAGAAGUAAAGAAACCAACACAAAACCCUUCCCCCACCGACUAUCCCAUCCCACUAUCCAAUCCAAUCCAAUCCGCCCUCCCACACUCGCUCUCCCCCCUCUUCCUCCAAAUUAGUCCAGUCCCACACCAUGGGAGUGAGCAACAGGAUAACUGCAGCCCUCAACUUCAUAGCCCUCCUCUGCGCCAUCCUAAUAAUGUCCGCCGGCAUCUGGCUGGCCUCCAAGCCGGACAACGAGUGCAUCCGCUCGUUCCGGUGGCCGGUCUUCAUCCUCGGCGUACUCAUGCUGUUCGUCUCCCUUGCCGGCUUCAUUGGCGCCUAUUUUAACAAACAGGGCCUUCUGGCUCUCUACCUCUUCUGCAUGGCUGCUCUCAUAAUCCUGCUCCUUGUCCUGCUCAUCUUCGCCUUCACCGUCACGAGGCCCGACGGCAGCUACGCCGUGCCCGGCCGGGGCUACCGGGAGUACCGGCUUGACGGGUUUUCGAAGUGGCUGAGGGACUAUGUGAGGGAUUCUUCGAAUUGGCAGAAGAUAAGGAAUUGUUUGGCUGACUCUGAUACUUGUCCUAAGCUUACACAGCAGUACAUGUCGGCUGAUCAGUUCUUCUUUGCUCACAUCUCUCCUCUCCAGUCAGGGUGUUGUAAACCUCCAACGGUAUGUGGAUACAGCUAUGUGAAUCCAACACUCUGGAUAAACCCAGUGAACACAGGAGCUGACCCGGACUGCUUGCUGUGGAACAAUGACCAGAACCUGUUGUGCUACAAUUGCAACUCCUGCAGGGCCGGACUGUUGGGGAACCUGAGAAAAGAAUGGAGGAGAGUCAAUGUCAUCCUCAUUGUGACUGUGGUUAUCCUCAUUUUCGUCUAUCUCGUCGCCUGCAGCGCCUUCAAGAACGCCCAAACGGAGGAACUCUUCCGUCGGUACAAGCAGGGUUGGGUUUAACCAGCUUCCAAACACAACCCUAUUUCUCGCAUCACCUAAACAUUCCCUCUGUUUUCAAUUUCUUUUCUUUUGAUAACUUUUGAUAAGUCCUUGUUUGUCACUAGUGUAGUCGAUGUACAUAUUCGUAUUUUCUUUUUCUAUCUACACUGUAUGGUUGAAUAGAUAAUUGACAGGCUGUGAAGUUCUAGUAUGAUGUUUAGUUUUCAAA